UUUCUUUUGGUCUUACUUUUUUUUUUUUUUUUUUUUUUUUUUCUUGCUUUUGUGUGUCGCUUUUUUGCAUGUUUGCGUACUUUCGGCAGCAGCAUCCGCCGACCGCGGUCGAGCACUGCGUCGAGGCGAGCUUCACCAAUGCAGCGGAACGCCAGCUGGUCGUUGCGCGCGCCAAUCUGCUCGAAGUCUACCGCAUCGACGCCGCCACCGCCUCGGGAUCCGGAUGGAGAUCGGAGCUGUCGAGCGGAUCUGCACUCACUGCACAGACCGCGGGCGCCAUGCACCUUGGACGCGCCGCUGGCUACGGUGGCAAUGAUGGUGGUCGCUCCGACGACGCCGCGACUGAGAUCAACACGAGAUCUCUCCAUUCCGCCCCCGCGACGCCGCCAGCACUGCAGCACAAGCUCGAGCUGGUUGCCAGCUUCAACUUGUCUGGGAACGUCGAGAGCAUUGGCGUGGCUCGGCUGGCACACUGCAAGCGCGACUCGUUGCUGCUGGCCUUCAAGGAGGCCAAGGUCGCCGUCGUCGACUACGACCCGGCCACCCUCGAUCUCAAGACCAUCUCGCUGCACAUGUAUGAAGACAUUGAGAUGCGGGGCGGCCGCGAUGCCACCGCGCUUCAGGCCGUCUGGCCACCCGUCAUCCGCGUCGAUCCAAUGCGCCAGUGCGCAGCCUUCUUGGUCUAUGGCACAAAGCUCAUCAUUCUGCCAUUCCGUCAAGAGUCGCACCUCGAUGAAGACGACGAUGAAGACGACGAUUAUCAGAGCGCCCAGGCGCCCGCCGCCUCAGUGCCGCCCAGCGCACAAAUUGGAGCAAACCUGACAACUGCUUCUUCUGCUUCUUCUUCUUCUGCUGCUGCUGCUGCUGCUGCUGCUGCUGCUGCUGCUGCUGCUGCUGCUGCUACUACAACGUCCGCUCCAGCGGCGAGCAUUCGCAAGCGACAACGCCUGCGUCCCUCGUACGAGAUCAAGCUGACAGAGCUGCAACGCCACAUCCAUCACGUCAUUGACAUUGAGUUUCUGACGGGAUACUUUGAGCCGACGCUGGCCCUUCUGUUUGAACCCAACGCGCCCUCCUGGACUGGGCGCACUGUCCAGCGCAAGGAUACAUGCUCGAUGGUGGCUCUCUCCAUCAACACGUCGUCCCAUUCACAUCCAGUUGUCUGGUCGGUGGACAAACUACCAUUCAACUCGAUGCGCGUUAUGGCUGUGCCCCGCCCCGUCUGCGGCACAGUGAUUGUCACGCCAGAUGCAAUCUUGCACUUGAGCCAGUCCUCUCCAACAGUCGGAGUCUCCUUGAACGAACUCUCAUCCAUGUCGACAGAGCUGCGCCUGGGGAUACCAGAAAACAAGCACCCCGACGGCAGCAGCGUGGUUUACAACAUGCAGGAAGGACGGUGUUGCUUUUUGACACCGGAAACCCUUCUUGCCGUGACGGAGGGUGGAGAAAUGUUUGUGGCCACCCUGCUCACAGAGGGCCGCACGGUUGUGCGCAUUCGCAUCGAACCCGCCGGUGCGAGUGUCUUGCCUUGCUGCAUGACUUCGCUUUACAAUGGCCAAUACUGCUUCAUUGGGUCGCGUGCUAGCGAUUCAGUCUUGCUCCGUGUGAUGAACAAUGCCACAGCGGCCGCCGACAAGCGCCGCCUGGCCAGCGCAGCUCUGGAUGACUUUUCCGCAAACAAACGCAGUCGCUCGUCCGACACCAACGGCCACCACACUGCCGCUGGAGCCGCCGACGAUGACGAGGAUGACAGCGAACUCGAAAACUUGUACGGUUCUGCUUCGGGUGCAGCAAACGCGGCGAAAACCAAAGCCCACGAAAACGGAAACACUGCUUCCGCCGCCAAAGACGCAGUCGCGCCUCGCCCAGUUGUGCAAAUUGUCUCUCGAGACACGGCACUCGACGAGCUCGACCGCAUGCUUGUGCGACCCACUCAGGCCGAGCUGGCUCGCGAUCGAACAACCUUCCUUGCGCGGUACAUGCUGCAGGCUUGCGACACUCUGCUCAACAUGGGCCCGGUGGUCAGCAUGACUGCAGGGCUGCCAGAAGAUGUCUCUGCCGAAUUGUACGAGUCCGUUUCGGACGCCUCGCGCCAACGUCAGCGGGAGGACGCCGAGGAAUACCCGCUGCCCAAACAAUCAACAGCCGCGGGUGGCAAGCAAAAGCAGUUUGAUCCGCAAAACCCGCUCGAUCUUGUGUUUUGCGCCGGUCACGGCAACUUUGGCAACAUUGUGGUGACCCAUCGUGGCAUCCGUCCCGACAUUAUCUCUUCGUUCGAAGAGCUCACAGGAGGUCGCGGCUUGUGGAGCGUGUUCAGCACCGCCUUGGACCCGUCUCUCGCCGCCCUUUCAUCGCUCGACGGUGCAUCCCACUCGCUGUUGGUCGCUUCUCGCGACGACUCGACGCUGGUGUUCACCACCACUGGCGAAGAGCUUGAACAAAUCGCCGAAAGUGGGUUUUUCACAGCAGGUGCCACCAUUGCCAUUGGCAAUGUCUUUGCGGCGAACGGCAAAAUUCUCAUUGUUGACGUGUUCGCACAUGGCAUUCGUCUUGUUGACGGUGUCAACCUCCGCCAGGAGCUUUUGCUCGCCCAGUUGUCGUCCGUGUCUGAAAUUAUUCACGCAAGCAUUGCAGAAUCGAGCGUCCUGGCGUUGCAUGCGGAUGGAGCCGUUUCCUUUGUUCAAUUUACAGGCGAUACUCAAGAGCUUGUUGCGUCGACUGCGACUGUGGCUGCGGGUCAGCCAGUGGUCGCAGUCUCCCUCUACGCCGAUCGAUCGGGCUUGUUUGUUCCGGAGGCCGUGCUGCAACGACAGCAACAGCAACCCGGACCAAAGAACGCCAACAGGACGGUCGCUGUCGCCCAGAAGAACAAGCGAUCAACCGUGGCUGAUCAAGAUGACGACGCCGAGCUUGCGGCAUUGUAUGGCUCCUCGGUUCCAUCCGCACCGACAUCCACCACCCAACAAGCAGCCUCACGCGGCUCAUCCAACCAAACAUCCUCGGUUCCCAACCCGCCCAGCCCGUCGACUUUGCCUAGUUUACCUCAUGGACCAGCUGCAGCGACUAUGUGGUGUGCCAUCGCGCGUAGCAACGGCGCUCUCGAGAUUUACAGCCUACCCGACUUUUCUCUCGUGUUUGUGCACGGCGCUUUCAACUUUUAUCCGCCCAUUCUCUCUUCUGAACAUUCCGUUCCAGUCAACGCCGAAUGCAGCCCUGACGAUCCCAAAAUCACCGAUUUGCUUUUGCUCACCCUUGACGGACCCUCUGGCCAGCGUCCCCACCUGAUUGCGACACUAUCCACAGACGAUAUUCUCGUCUACCAGGCCUUCCACUAUGUGCGGUCGGCAUCAGAAAUGCCUCCAGAAGUGGAACGGGCUGAAGAACAAAUGCUCGCCGUCAUCUCCCCGCUUGCUGUGCGGUUUAAGCGAGUUGCGCUGCCAGUCGAAAUCCGCGAACCUGUUGGCCAACAAAGAAAGGCCCUGCAGCGGCAGCAGCAGUUGCAACAACAGCAACGUGCCGCCGAGCAAUUAAAUCCCAAGCCCAGCGGGGACGUCGCAUCCAUGAUGAUUGAUGGGCUUGGUGCCGAUGCGUCGAUGGAUCCUGCUGCCCAGCAACCACAGCAACAGCCACAAGAAGCGCAACAACAGCAACAGUCGGCGGGAAUGCCGCCGCGACAGGCCUUUGGACUGGGUCGUCUAGUUCCCUACACAGGAGUUCUUGGCGGGCAUCAGCUGUGCAGCGGAGUUUUCGUGUGCGGUCGACGCCCACUGUGGCUGCUCAUGUCGCCAACCAGAAAAGCCCUCCGAGCGCAUCUCAUGCUGACGGAUGGCAGUGUUAGUGCGUUUUCUGCAUUCAAUAACAACGCCUGCCCUGGUGGAUUUGUGUAUUUUACGACGCAGGGCACUCUGCGAUUCUGCCAACUGGCGCCGACGACAAACCACGACAAUCCGUGGCCUGUUCGACGCGUGCCAUUGCGCGCCACUGCUCAUUAUAUUGGCUACCAUGAGGUCUUCCGCACGUACGUUCUUGUGACAUCCCACCCCAAGCCGUAUUUCAAUUUGCCGCGAUUGACAAAUGACGAAACAUACACGCCAGUCCCGUACACGCCCAAGCCUCGGGCCAUCCCAGCAACGUUCGACACGUUCUCGUUGCAACUAAUUUCGCCAGUCACAUGGGAAUCCAUCCACUCUUUUGAUCUACCAGCGUUCGAGCGCGUCACCAGCGUGGAUAUCGCUGCCAUCACCAGUCAAGAGACAGUGACGGGUCUCAAGGAUUAUGUUGUGAUUGGCACCACCGUCAUUGAAGGCGAGGAUGUGACGUGUCAUGGCCGCAUUAUCGUGUUUGAAAUCAUUGACGUUGUUCCCGAGGUCAAUCGCCCUCAAACAAAUCGCAAACUCAAGUAUCUGAUGGAGCGAGAACAGAAGGGAGCCAUCACUGCCUUGAGUCAUGUCUGCGGUCACUUGGUGUCCUGCAUUGGUCAAAAGAUUAUAAUUUGGCAAUUUGCUAGCGAUGAUACAAUGGACGGCGUGGCCUUCAUUGAUACGCAAACGUUCGUUGUAUCUGUUUCGGCCAUCAAGAAUUUCAUUCUUGUGGGAGAUUUGAACAACAGCGUUUUUCUGUUGCGAUUCAAUGAAACGACCAAACACCUCGGUUUUAUCGCGCGAGACUUUGACCACAUGAGUGUUGCUUCCACUCAGUUUUUAGUGGAUGGCUCGUCGCUCGGUUUCUUGGCAACGGAUUCGCACCAGAAUCUUGUCGUUUUUGCGUACAACCCGCUCAAUCGUGAGAGUAACAACGGACAGCGGUUGCUUCGCCAGCUCGACUUUCACGUCGGCAGCCAUGUGCAGCAAGUCUUGCGAAUGGUACCCCGCUCUCUUCCAGUGUCGGUAGACCGCGGUGCAAGCGUGAAGCGGCACAUUGAUCUGCUGGCCACGCUUGAGGGAUCUCUCAAUGCUCUCGCACCCAUUGGCGAGACAACGUUCCGACGGCUCGAGUGGCUCCAGCGCCAACUUGUCGGCCUGCAGCAGCGGGCGGGUCUCAACCCGAUUGGCUAUCGAGCAUAUCGCUUUCCUCGCAAAAUGACCACAACUCGAGCCGGCAAUGUGAUUGAUGGCGAGUUGCUCAGCCGCUUCCUGUACCUCGGCUUGGCUGAACAACGCGAAUUGGCUCGCCAGCGCCGAAACACGCCCGAGGAUUUGAUUGACGAUAUUUUGUCUGUUCACUAUGUGGGAAACGUGCUUUAGCGAGUAUUGUAUUGGGACACCAAUGAUAAUAUGGCAAUUCAACGAAACUGUUGGACAAAACACG